AUGGAGAUGAGCGAAACACUUCCACUUCAUGCUGGCACGACACCGCCAACUUCAACCAUAGACGCAGGACGGACUGCACUUCAGGACUAUCAACACCAGCUGAUGAUACUAGAAGAGCAGAACCGCCAACUCAGACAGUCAAAUAUGGCCAACAACAACUUCAAUCCAAACACCGAGUCCCAGCGUCGGCCACCGUCUAACGGAUCACUUUUCACUGCUGGUCCAAUACGCCGUCCAUACCCGCCAGCACCACCACCUGCGUCGACACGAUGCACCGCAUGCGGAGAUACCCUCGAACCCAAGAAAAUGCUGCACCUCAACUGCCGCUGCGCCUACUGCAGCUCCUGCCUCACGCACCUCUUUACCCGCGCCAUGACAGACGAAACUCUCUACCCUCCAUCGUGCCACCUCUUGCCCAUCGACUUCGCCAAAGCUCGGCCAUUCCUUCCUCACACUCUCCUUCGAACCUACCGCCACAAAACCAUCGAGCUCAACACGAAGAACAAAACAUACUGCUCCAACAUCGCGAAGUGCAACGCUUUUAUCGCUCCGCAUAGCAUUCACAACGGGCAAGCGUUUUGCCAGAAGUGCGGACAGGCGACUUGUGUUAAAUGCAAAGAGAAGGAACACUUUGGUCCUUGUGAUGAGACCAAAGGACUUCUGGCUGUAAUGCAGAUGGCAGGGCAGAGGAAGUGGAAGGCUUGUCCUGAGUGCAAGAGGGUAGUGGAGAAGGCAGAUGGAUGUAAUCACAUCGUAUGCCGCUGCGGAACGGACUUUUGCUAUGCAUGUGGUUCGAUCUACGGGGGGUGUGACUGCGAGGAGGCAGAUGAGGAGGACGAAGAUGACUACGUCAUGGAUGAGGCACUGCUCGAAAACUUACGAGCUCAGAUGCCACCGCACCGACCGAGAACUCCAGUGCUCAGAGACUUGCAGGAGGAUAUCAUCGAGGAUACGAUGGUGGCGCCUUUUGGUUGGGACCAGGACGAGUUCACUGAUCGUUAG